CCCUGGGGUGAGACUACCUGGAUCUACCACGAUGGCGAGGACACCAAAAUGAUCGUGGGGGAGGAGAAGAAGUUCCUGCUGCCCUUCUGGCUGCAGGUCAUCUUCAUCUCGCUCCUUCUCUGCCUCUCAGGCAUGUUCAGUGGCCUCAACCUGGGCCUCAUGGCCCUGGACCCCAUGGAGCUGCGCAUCGUGCAGAACUGUGGCACGGACAAAGAGAAGAACUACGCGAAGCGCAUUGAGCCUGUGCGGCGCCAGGGCAACUACCUACUCUGCUCCCUCCUGCUGGGCAAUGUCCUGGUCAACACCACGCUUACCAUCCUGCUGGACGACAUUGCCGGCUCUGGGCUGGUGGCCGUGGUGGUCUCCACCAUCGGUAUCGUCAUCUUCGGCGAGAUCGUGCCGCAGGCCAUUUGCUCUCGGCACGGCCUGGCCGUGGGCGCCAACACCAUCUUCCUCACCAAGUUUUUCAUGAUGAUGACCUUCCCGGCCUCCUACCCCGUCAGCAAGUUGCUGGACUGUGUCCUGGGUCAGGAGAUCGGCACGGUCUAUAACCGUGAGAAGUUGUUGGAGAUGCUGCGGGUCACCGACCCUUAUAAUGACUUAGUCAAGGAGGAGCUCAACAUUAUCCAAGGAGCCCUGGAGCUGCGCACCAAGACGGUGGAGGACGUGAUGACUCCCCUCAAAGACUGCUUUAUGAUUGCUGCCGAGGCUGUGCUUGACUUCAACACUAUGUCUGAGAUCAUGGAGCGUGGUUAUACUCGCAUCCCCGUUUUCGAGGGUGACCGCUCCAACAUUGUGGACCUGCUCUUCGUUAAGGACCUGGCUUUUGUGGACCCUGAUGACUGCACCCCGCUCAAGACCAUCACCCGCUUCUACAACCACCCACUGCACUUUGUCUUCAAUGACACCAAGCUCGAUGCCAUGCUGGAGGAGUUCAAAAAAGGUGGUCUUGUGCCUGUGCCUAAUGUUCUUUGCUCACCAUUGCAAAAUAAGUAUCUGUUUCACUUCUAUGCUGCCAGGCAAGAAACUUAGUUUUAAGAGAGCUGCAGCACAUUCUUACUCUCCUUGUUGCUCUAAUCUCUCGAAGUAUGAAUAAACAUGAUUUCUGAAACAGUCUGCGAAAAAGCUUCUCUUUUAAGAAGCAUCGUUUACUUAAUAAAUAAAUAAGUAGCUUUU